GAGAUCGCCUUCCGUCCGGUUGUAGGGUUGGUGUUUUUGCAUACGUGUUUUCGUCGGAUUGCGCCAUAUAGAUACCUAAAAAGUAGCCACUAGUAGCCAGCAGUCACUAACCACUGCGGGAUAUGCUGAUGUGUUUGCAAUUUUGUUUUCAGUGUGUGAUGCUAUGAAUAUAUUUUCGUCUGUCGGUCGGUCAAGUAUUUUUUGGAUCAAUUCGCGUGGCGCUUAUCAGUGAGUGAGUGAGCAGUAGCAGAGGACGUGGAUUAAUGUGAUUGUCUACUGAUGCAAGUUGUACCAAGUGAUUAAAUCAAAUGAUUCUGCUUUUAAGCUCUUCGCAGUGUUUUUGUUCGUGUGUCUCGUCUCGCAUACGAGAUGUCAGCAAAAAUCUCCUGUGUGACGCAAAUGGAGUGAAUUUCUUGUGUGUUCAGUGUUUAGUGCUUCUUGCGGUGUAGUAUGAUGAUAUCAUAAAAGAAAGAUAAUCACCGUUUGAUAGAAGAGAUAGACGAGAGUGGAAGAAAAGUUCGUAGUACAACGAGUAAAAGUCGUCGAGUGCAUCGCGAGGGUAGCUGUUUAUGAUAAGAAAAGAAAAGCCGAAGAAACCCGUUUGUGGUGUGAUAACAACAACAGAGAAAAAAAGUAUCAUAAAAAGAGAAUGUCGUCCCAAAUGGAUGAAGUGUUCCCCAGUGACGGUGGUGAUGGUGAUAACAAUACCGAUUCAGGUGACGUCGAGCAGCUCGCACUCAACGCUGAUAGUGGCGGCAAUUUGCCGAUGGCAAAUUCUUCCGCGUCAAGUUCAACGGCGAAGAUAGCCGCAGGUGCUGUGAUGGCAGAAAUGUCGUCGGAUGAAACUGGUUUGAAUUUGAAUUCCACCGCCGCAGAAUGCGCGGUGCCAUCGGUGGCAGAAGGCGACGGUUAUGAGCCAUGUGAUCCGUUAAUUAUCUUGAAUCUGUUUCAAUCACUUUCGACUACGACCAACUCGCUGGAGCUCCAGAUGAAGAUAAAUUUACAUCUGAAAGAACUCACCAAAUCACCAUACGUGUUUCUGGUACCGAUUCUUCCCUCCAGCGAGGAAGGUCUCAUACAGGUCAUCAACGAUAACGUCCUAGAUAAGGAAAUCCGUUUUUCGAUUAAUUCAACUCAUUUGAAAAAUGCAUCACAACAAAAUGGAUAUCCAUUCGUUAUAGAUGAUCUGAACAAAGAUUUUUCUGAAGUUAUUGCGAUGGUGGUAGGCAACAAGCACAAUACUCUUAUCUACGAUAUUAAAAGCCCCAGAGUCAGUAAACUUCAGACGCAGAUUUCAACCGCAUCGACAACCUCGACAGCGUCAUUUGACGAUGGUAGCUCCGCACAGCACCAGCAACAACAGCACAACAAUAGCAACGGCAACAGUACCGGUAGCAGUAACACUAAAAAUAAUCAUUCCCAUCUACAACAGCAGCAAAUUGCUCUGUUCGUGUGUAUCGCCGGUAAAAGUGAGUCCCGAUUGAGGUACCAAUUCUACAUCGAGGACACUUUUAGAUACGUGCUCGGUCACCUGCUAACGGCUUUCGAUUUGUUCGAGGAAAAGCGGGUACGUUAUCAGUGUCAGAACCUGCUACAGGUUGCCCGACGGUUACUAGGCAAAAUAGGUGAUUUGGGCCAACUGCUGCGAGGCGUGAUGACAGAAGCCAAAGAACUUACCGUUGCAGAACGCUGUUCGCUUUUUCUACUGGAUAAACAAACCGGGGAGCUGGUGUCGAAAGUGUUCGACGGAAAUGAGGCGUCCAAGGAAAUUCGAAUAGAAAGCGGCAAAGGCAUCGCUGGAUAUGUGGCGCAAACUGGAAACCUGCUGAACAUACGCAAUGCCUACCAGCAUCCACUGUUCUACAAGGGUGUUGACGAGUCAACUGGAUUCAAAACGAGGAACAUUCUGUGCUUUCCUAUUUGCGAUGAACAAGGUGUGAUUGGAGUGGCACAACUAUGCAAUAAGCUAAACGGCUUCCACUUUGAUAAAUGUGACGAAGAAGUGGCCACCGCUUUCUCCGUGUACUGCGGUAUCAGUAUUAUGCAUGCGCUCGUUCACAAACAGGUACAAAAGGCGGAAGCUCGAUAUAAGCUCUCCCAGGAGCUGCUGCUAUAUCACAUGAAGGUACCGGAUACGGAGAUCCAGCAUGUGCUAGAAGCCGUCAAUGCACACGAAGCCGAUCAGUUUGCAAUGGACUUACCUCGGUUUGACUUUUGUCCUCGUGAUGUGAAUAACUAUGCCCUCUCGGUGCAACUGUCGAUAAAAAUGUUCUACGAUCUCAACUUUGUUACGACGUUCCAAAUACCCGAAGACAAAUUGGCAAGAUUCAUUCUGCUGGUACAGAAAGGCUAUCGGGAUACGCCGUAUCACAACUGGUGGCACGCCUUCUCGGUUGCUCACUUUGCCUACACGCUGAUGAUGAACUUGAAGCUGAUAGAAAACGGAAUCAUAACGAAGAUGCAGGGCUUUUCAUUCCUCAUCGCUGCCUUCUGUCACGAUCUGGACCAUCGGGGAACGAGCAAUACGUAUCAAACCCAAUCCAGCAGCCCACUGGCACGCUUGUACAGUAGCGAAGGAAGCGUCAACGAGAGACAUCAUCUGUCGCAAGCGAUAUGCAUUCUCAACGAUUCCAGCAGCAAGAUACUGGACAGUCUGUCGACGGAAGAGUUCAAGGAAUGCAUCGAUUUUCUGAGAGAUCUCAUUCUGGCAACCGAUUUGGCGAAUCACUUCCGAAUUAUUCCUCAUUUGAAGCGACUUCGGGCGGAGAAUCUAUCCGAAGGUUCAAACCAGCGAUUGCUGCUCUCUUUGUUGAUUACGUGUUGCGACCUGAGCGAUCAAAUCAAAAGCUGGCGAACGGUGCAGCACGUGGCGCAUCUGGUGUACGCCGAGUUCUUCGCCGAGGGUGACCUGGAGAAGCAGAUGGGAUUGCGACCCAAUGAAAUGAUGGAUCGGAAGAAGGCAUGCAUUCCGGUGCUGCAGAUAGAGUUCCUCACGACGGUGGUGCGACCGACCUUCGAAAUAUUGUCACAGAUUUUCCCCGAGACGCACCCGUUCCUGGAGACGAUCGAUAGCAAUCGGCACCAGUGGGAAUAUAUAAAGGAGAAUGGGACCUGCACCGGCGGUAAUGAAUGCUGUGAGUUUGAGGGACGAAACUGUAACAAUACGAGUAUGUAAUUUACGAAAAUAAGAACCGUUCGUGCUACUGAUCGGUUGUGUUGAGUCGGGUGGCUCCUCUCGAUGCUAGUGAUUAGGUUUAGUUGUGUGGAAUAGUCAUUUUUCCUGUAUUGUUUAUUCUACUAGGUACAUAUUAGAUGGUAUGGUGUUGGGUGGAGAUCCCAAGGUAGUGAUAGUUUCUAUUUAUUUCCUAGGCCUAAUAGCAUUAAGAGUACGAUUUUAGUAAUUAGCCACCAUUAGAUGUCAAUCCGUGUCGACCAUACUGUUUGCUGGCAAACGAUAGUCGUUAGAAUCAGGUGUGUAGCGCUGUUUUAUUCGGUGUAAUUUUAUAGCCAAAUAGUCUUUCGAUUUAUUCUAAUGAGUGAAAAUGGUGUUUUAUAUAAAAAUUAUCCAUACACAUAGGAAAAUGGAUGUUUGUUUCAGGGCAUAGUGUAUUUUGUUAUUGAUUCAAAAAUAUUCUAUCAUUAUUUCAACAAAUCAUAUUUUUGAAUCAACAAAAUGGUUUUUAGAAUCAACAAACGAAUGAUUGACUCUACAGCUGAUAUGUUGAAUCUAAAAUAUGUUUCGUUGAAUUAUUCGAAUAAUAUAUUUGAAUCAAUACCAAAAAUCUAUUAGGCCCUGAGUUAAAACCAUAUCCAUUUGACUUUAGAAAUAAUUUCUCUGCGUGUACGUCUUAUAAAUUGAUUUUUUUAAAGUAACAGUUGCAAAAACGGGCUUCACUAACCCUGGGCAUUGGCAAAACCUUAAGUGGUCGUUUGAUUACUACCACGUCCCAGAUUGGAAAGAUACUUAUUAGUGUUGCCAGAUCAGUGGUGAUGUGGACUAAAAGUGCAUUUUUGAAACCGCUUCUAAUAAUAUACCGUGCACCCCCGGUAAUCUGACCGUUUUUAAUCUGAACAGUUUUUAAUUUGAACCCCGUUAAUCUGCAUGCUGUGAAAUUGCAAUGCACAAACAUCAAUUCUGAAGCAAGUAUGAAGAAGGAAAUUUCAUGCAAUUUAUACUCAAACUCAAGACAUUUUAUAAGUGAUAUUGCAUCUUCAACACCUCCAUGAGAAAGUC